CAUUUUCGGCGGAAGUUCGAAAGAAUUUGUGAACGACGCUAUUAUCCAUUUUUCGUGUAUCAAUCAAUCUAUUUAAUCUUGAGUGAUCUGGACAUUUUGCUAACUGCCGGGUACCAGAGAAAAAUAUACUACCCAUCGUGGUAUAUGAUCAAGAAUUCCAUAUUUCAGUUGGCUUCCCUAUGUACGAAAUUCUUAAUUGCAUAUUUUAUUCCUUCUUGUUCAUAUCCGGUCUAUAUUUCGCCGGUGGGAAGUUUCCGAGAGACCAUCCGGAAACAAUCAAGAGAAGAGUUGUCUCCGUGUUUGUGACAGGGACCAUUUCCAUGACUCAUGUGCUGACGUACAUACGUUCCUAUGAUCGUCCUCCGUUUCAGUUAUCUUCAUAUGAAUUUGGAAAACUAUUUAUUAGGCUGGAUGGCUUAUUAGAAGCAGUUAUUAUAUCUGUCAUACUUACUUUGGUCAUGUACUUUGGCGUUGUCUUGGAUGAUAUAUGUAGUGGAGAUAUGUUAGUCAUAUUUGAUGUUCAAUACUGGAAAGAUCGUAUAUUUAACUGGAUAAGUUUAAGAAAUUUUGUAAUAGCUCCUUUGGCUGAAGAACUUAUCUUCCGUGCAUGUGUUACAUUUCAUCUACUUCCUUUGUUCUCAUCAUGUGUUAUGCUUUGCUUCGUUAGUUCAUUAUUUUUCUCUUUAGCCCAUUUUCAUCAUGUUUUUGAAUCAAUGAAAAGUGGUCAAGAUCUUCAAUCUGCAUUUAAAACUUCACUUUUCCAAGUGUUUUACACAACUCUAUUUGGAACGUAUUCUGGAUUUUUGAUGUUAAGAACUGGUAAUAUUGCUUCAAGUAUUGUUACCCACUCCCUGUGUAACUUCUUCGGCUUACCAGACUUAAUAGGUGCCAUCGAAAGAGCUAAGUAUCGUUGGGGUUUCUCUGGUCAAAUUUUCGCUAUUGGAUCUCAUCUGUUGGGGUUACUUUUAUGGGCAUAUUUGUUAUAUCAAAUGACUGAAACAAAAUGGUCCUCAUCAAACAACUGUCACUGUGAUUGGUAUUGAGAGUUUUCAUGCCAUAUGAAUUAUUAUUUUUGGUGUUAAUAGGACUGUUAAAAUUUUUAGAUCUUCGUUCCAAUUAGAUUGAAAAUUCUUAUCUGAUAUACAAAUAUCAAACAUUUCUAUAAUCCCGGUAAACAGAGAAAUUCAGUUCAUCGAAUGUACUAUAGUAGUAGGAAUUAAAACAGAUUUUACACGAAUUUUAAGGCUUCACCUCAUAUUCGGGAUUGUAUUUAGAUUUUGUGCUGCUAAGUAUUCAUUUGUACGUCAUUAGUUUAUUUGUUGUAUUACAUUGUAAAUGUGUACUUUCCUUAAAUCUGUCAUAAUUAUCAAGAUUUUCUGGUUU